GAGCAUGGCCUCACGCCGGAUGACACCUGCGACGGGGGCGAUGACCAGGACGAGAAGACUGGAGACGGGAACUUGGAGGAGUGGGUUUCCACGUACAAGUUCAAGCAGAUCGAGUACAAGAUGGCAUUCGACGAGACCAUGGACAGCAUGAUCAGGACGAGAUCGAAUGGAGCAGGGAAGAAGAUACCAGAGCCGCCAAGCAAGACUGAACGUGAUGAACAUGGCAAGGUGAUCGCCCAUUGGCCCGACGGCAUGAGGUACAAGUACCUGGACACGCGAGGAGACGGAAGCACCACGAAGAAAGGCAACACGCGCAUCCACGUCACCACCAUGGGCACGGGUGAUCGCGCAGAGACCCUCUACAUCAAGAUGCGCAACAACCAGCCGAAGGGCAAGGAGAUGCAGCAUUUGUGCACCCUCGUCCGCAUACACCCCGACGGGACCAACGAGCAGUUGACGCAGGUCGACGCCGCGUGGUUCUCUGGCGGCCAGGACGAGUCCAUCAAGUUCACGAAGAAGAUCCUCGACGCCAUCAAGGGGGGCUCGAUCUACAGCAAGCAGGAGGCCGACACCAUGAAGAAAACCUUGAUGAAGGAGGGCGGCAUCACCAAGUCCGCGCCUCCAACUUUGAAGCGCCCAGCAGCUGCGGCGCCACCCGUAGCAGCCACUGGCCACGGCACCGACGGGGGCGCCGCGUUCGAAGCCGAUGGAGCUGAUGGCGACGACCCAGCCGAAGAUGGAGAUGUAACAGCAGGGGUGGAGGUGGAUGCGCCUGCGGAACCAGAACCAGCUGCAGGGCCAGGCGGAGAUGACCCGAACAUCACCCCCAAGAAGAGGAUCCGCACGAAGAAGUCCUCGCAUGACAUCAUCCGUGAGGCGCUCGACAUGUCGCAGUCGCAGUCGCAGGUCGGCUUGGACAGCGUCCAGGUCAAGCGCCAGGAGUCCCAGGUGGGCAACGAGACGGUCGUGCAGGCGGAGGUGGAGGCCACCAAGGAGGAUUCCAAGGGUGAUAAGGAACCAGUGCAGGUGGACGACUCGCCCCCUGAUAGUGGCCACGGCUGGGUCGACAGCAUGACUUCGUUCACGGCGCCGACCACCCUGGAGCCCCGCGACGUCGGGGGUAAGGAACCAGCGGCGCAAACG